ACAGACGCCCUUGCAGGAGGACAGAGAGCACUGAUUCUGGGACCCUCUCACCCUUAAUUUGAUGGGACCAAAGGCAGAAAAUUCAGCUGCUUAGGUGCAUAAGCACAAAAACCGGGUGGGGAAAUGAGGCACAACCGGCAAUACCAACUUUUCUGCUAUUUCUGCUGUUUUCUUGGGUUUCUGGCAUCCACUACUGCUCAACAGCAGACAAGAUUUCCACUUACCUUCAAUUCCAACACAAAGACUGACCUCUGCCCACCAACUAGGUUUCGCCAAGAUGAUCUACCAGGAUAUGACCUGAUUUCACAGUUCCAACUUGAUAAAGCUGCUUCCAGAGGCAUCAUCCAGCGUGUGGUGGGCUCCACAGCUUUACAAGUGGCUUACAAAUUAAGCACAAAUGUAGACUUCAGGAUCCCAACUAGGUCUUUGUAUCCUAAUGGAUUACCUAAUGAAUAUUCCAUUCUAACUACUUUUCGAAUGGCUGGAACUACUCUUCAGAAGUAUUGGAGCAUUUGGCAGGUUCUAGACUCUUCUGGAAAAGAGCAAGUUGGAUUGAAGUUUAAUGGGCAAGCCAAGUCUCUUGAGUACUCAUAUAAAGGGAUUGAUGGAAGUCUCCAAACAGCAACGUUUCUGGAUUUGCCAUAUCUCUUUGAUUCCCAGUGGCAUAAGGUUAUGGUUGGCAUAGAAAGGAGUGCUGUCACUCUUUAUGUUGACUGUACUCAGAUCCAGACUUUAGCCAUAAAACCAAGAGGAAAGAUCAACGUUGAUGGCUUUACCACACUGGGAAAACUGAAAGAAAAUCCUCAAAUUUCAGUUCCGUUUGAGAUCCAGUGGAUGAUGAUUCAUUGUGACCCUCAACGACCCCAGAGAGAAACUUGCGGUGAACUUACAGCUCGGAGUUCGAUAAGCCAGACAGCCGUCAAGAGAGGCCCCCCUGGUCCACAAGGCCCCCCUGGCCCGCCAGGCCCCCCCGGAGUUCCUGGCAUCGACGGCAUCGACGGUGACAGAGGUCCUAAUGGGCCUGUGGGCCCUGCGGGCCCAGAUGGUGAACCAGGUAGACCAGGUGUCCCUGGAUUGCCAGGAAUACCUGGGGCUGAUGGAUUGACAGGCCCAGAUGGAUCCCUAGGCCGUGCUGGUCCAAAAGGACAAAAGGGUGAACCUGGGUUGCCUGGAGGCCGUGGACUGCCUGUACGGUAAGGUAUUCCUGGAUCUCUAGGUCCUCCUGGUAUUGCAGGACUUCCUGGUGAAGUGGGCAGAGUUGGGCCACCUGGUGAUCCUGGAAAGAGAGGCCCUCCUGGAGUGCCAGGCCCCCCGGCCCCAUGGUAAGGGACAGUUGGACUUCGUGAUGGAGAUCCACUGUGUCCCAAUUCUUGUCCACCUGGCCGGUCAGGGUAUGCUGGGCUAAUGGGCAUGAAGGGUCACAAAGGAGUAAAAGGAGAGGCUGGACCAGGAAAACAAGGCCAUAAGGGCGAGGAAGGUGAACAAGGAGGAGUAGGUGAUGUUGGCACUCAAGGCCCACCAGGACCUCAAGGGUUAAGAGGUAUAACUGGCAUAAUGGGACCCAAAGGUGACAAGGGUGCUCGGGGUCUUGAUGGUGACCCUGGUCCCCGGGGUCUUCCUGGGCCCCCGGGCGAUCAAGGACAAAGAGGUUCAUUGGGAGAGGCAGGCCCCAAAGGCGAAAGAGGUCCUGAAGGUGUUAGAGGAAUUAGUGGUCUUCCUGGGCCUAAAGGAGAAAGUGGCUUACCGGGAGUGGAUGGCCGUGAAGGGAUCCCUGCCAUGCCAGGAACAAAGGGUGAACCAGGAAAACCAGGCCCUCCAGGUGAUAUAGGAGUUCAGGGACUGCCAGGUUUACCAGGGUCUCCAGGAGCAAAAGGUGUUGCUGGACCGCAGGGUAAUGCAGGUCCUCCUGGGAUUCCUGGCUUGAUGGGGAAUUCGGGUAAACCUGGAGAACAGGGGCCACAGGGAGAAAAAGGGCCCAUCGGACCCAGGGGCCCAUCGGGUAGCAGAGGUGAGCUGGGUCCUGCUGGCCCUCCAGGUCCACCAGGUAAAAUGGGUGGCGAAGGUGACAUAGGCCUCCCAGGUUUACCUGGGCCUCCAGGAUUGCCUGGUGCUAAAGGUGACAGGGGUUUGGUUGGUGAGCCAGGACCUAAAGGAGAUCAAGGAGCUGCUGGUGGAGAAGGGGAGCCUGGACAAAGAGGCGAUCUUGGCGACAUGGGUUUGCCAGGCCCUAAAGGAUCUGUUGGGAAUCCUGGUGAACCUGGGUCACGUGGGCCUGAAGGAAGUCGUGGUUUGCCUGGGAUAGAAGGAUUACGUGGGCCCCCUGGACCUCGUGGUUUGCAAGGCCAACAAGGUGCAACUGGCCUGCCUGGCAGCCAGGGCCCAGCUGGCAGAGAGCCAACCGAUGCACACAUUAAGCAGGUUUGCAUGAGAGUGCUGCAAGAGCAACUGGCUCAACUGGCUGCCAGUCUUCGGAGGCCGGAGUUUGGCGCUCCAGGCCUGCCAGGCCGCCCUGGGCCACCGGGUUCCCCUGGGCCACCUGGAGACAAUGGCUUCCCAGGGCAGCUUGGGCUUCGGGGACUGCCUGGCCUUAAGGGUCCUCCUGGAGACAUUGGGCUGAAAGGCCCCAAAGGUGAAACAGGUGAAAAGGGGGAGAGAGGAUUCCCAGGUCGAGGACCCAAAGGCUUACCAGGCACAACAGGACUCCCAGGAGAACCAGGCAAAACCCAGCUAUGGAACGAUGGGCGAGAUGGCAUCCCGAGGCCACCCGGAGCAGGUGGCCUACCGGGCAUUCCUGGGCCAGGGCCCCCUGGCCCUCCUGGUUACUGUGAGCCAUCAGCCUGCACUGUGCAAGCAGGACUACGAGCAGACCAAUGUGAAGGGGCGUGAAAAGU